UUGUCUCACUCCUCGCCGUUGCCAUUGACGCUGUCACUGUCAGUUCCAAGUUUAUUUUCGUCGGGUCGGGUGCCUUUUUUUAAUUCGCGUCUGAGUUUCCGUAAUUUUUGUGUAAACAGCAGGUUAACAACAACUAAAAAAAUGGCAUGCACCAACCCGAAACAAGUCUGCAUCAUCGGCAGCGGAAACUGGGGCUCAGCUAUUGCCAAAAUUGUUGGAUCCAAUGCGGCUCAAUCAAAAGCUUUUGAUGAUAGGGUUACUAUGUAUGUUUAUGAGGAAAUGAUUAACGGAAAGAAGUUAACCGAGAUUAUUAAUGAAACCCAUGAGAAUGUAAAAUAUUUACCUGGACAUAAAUUACCACCCAAUGUGGUAGCAAUUCCAGAUGUGGUUGAAGCGGCCAAAGAUGCCGACAUUCUGAUUUUUGUAGUACCACAUCAGUUUAUAAGAACAUUAUGCUCAACCCUAUUAGGAAAAAUAAAGGCGACUGCCAUUGCUCUCUCCUUAAUUAAGGGUUUCGACCGUGCAGAAGGUGGCGGAAUCGACCUUAUUUCGCACAUUAUUACAAGGCAUUUAAAAAUCCCUUGCUCAGUUCUCAUGGGUGCCAAUCUUGCCUCCGAAGUAGCCGACGAAAUGUUUUGUGAAACGACGAUAGGAUGCAAAGAUGCCACUGCGGGACCCGUAUUAAGAGAUAUCAUUCAAACCUCUUACUUCCGGGUCGUAGUUGUUGAUGAUGAAGAUACCGUUGAAGUCUGCGGUGCUCUGAAGAAUAUUGUAGCCUGCGGUGCGGGAUUUGUAGAUGGUUUAGGUCUGGGGGAUAAUACGAAAGCGGCAGUAAUCCGUUUGGGUCUGAUGGAAAUGGUUAAAUUCGUGGACGUGUUCUAUCCAGGCGGAAAACUGUCGACCUUCUUUGAGAGUUGUGGUGUGGCGGAUUUGAUCACCACUUGCUAUGGUGGUAGAAAUAGGAAAGUCAGCGAGGCCUUUGUCAAAACUGGCAAGUCGAUAAAACAAUUGGAAGAUGAAUUGCUUAACGGACAGAAGCUGCAAGGUCCGUACACCGCUGAGGAAGUGAAUUAUAUGUUGCAGAAUAAAGGAAUGGAAGAAAAAUUCCCCUUGUUUACCGCCAUCCACAAAAUCUGCACGGGCUUACUGGAACCCAAGGACUUCAUCGACUGCAUCAGAAACCAUCCGGAGCACAUGGAUUCUAAAAUCGAUCAUUCAAACCCAGAAACCUUAGAUCUUGAGCAACAUAAUAGCAAACUUUAGACACGACCAUCUAAUAAGCAUUUAUCACUGUCCUUUGUGAUAGGCAUGCAUUUUGUUUGUUAAAAUAUUUUUUUAGGUAUUGUAUUAGGGCUACGCGAAAAUGGAUUUUUAAUCAGGGAUAUUUAUAUAAAAAAUAUAAUAAUUAGUUCUAUUUUUCUAUAAAUCAUUUUACAUUUACAUUCACAGGUCUAAGCUUUACAAAAACUUUUUACGCACAUUUAUGAGAAUUAUGACUUUUUUAUUUCAUUCAUCAUUUUCCAUUUAAAAAAAUGUGCCUUUUCUACUACACUAUUAAAUUCCAUUGAACAGGCAUAUCAUAUCAUGUUGGUUUUAUCGUUAAGAAUCCAUUUUUACUCAUAUCCAUAACUAGGCGCAUUAACACUAAUACCUUCAAUCAAGUUUUCUUAUCGUUUGCUGUUUUAAUUUUGCGUUCGAUUUAUGUUAAUAAUAUUCAAUAAUGUAAACUAUUUUAAAGUGUUAUCGUUAUGCAAUCGCGUUGUAAUAUUAAGGCAACGAAAUUUACAUAUCGCUUUUAAGUCUGAUUGGUUUUUAUUACACCUAUUUGUAUAAUUUAUGUCAUAAUUCAACUAAAAUGCAUGUUAAUCGUAUUGCACAGCAAGCAUAUUCUACCUGAUAAUGUAAUAGUCAAGAAAAGUAUUCACAGAUAAAAUUUUAUUUCCUUAUAAGAAUUUUUUUAAAAUUUCUCAUACGAAUCCAUGAAAGGGUGUAUUUUAAGAUUUAAUAGCAUGUAAUUGCAUAGCUAGUUUCCUUGCUUAAACGAAAAGGGGUGUGCUUUGUGUCUUACUCACCGUACAUUUAAUUUAAUUUUUAUU